AUCCGCUAGCAAGUCGCCGCCAAAGGGGACUGUUCGAAAGUGCGCCGUCUUUGCGCCAUCCCAUUCCUGCAGAGAACCUUCACGCUCCCCGACGCCUGGAAAAGCAAUGUCCAACAUUGCCGUCGACCAGUCGCCAUGGACAAACAGGAGGGAAGAGAUUUUCUGACUUCGCUUCUCAACAAGAACCUGCGCGUCCUGGCCACCGAUGGCCGCAUGUUCCUUGGCCAAUUCAAGUGCACCGAUCCAGAUCGCAAUGUAGUGCUAGCUCACACCUACGAAUAUCGACAGCCAUCAGCGCAGCAACGGGCCGAAGCCGCCAAGAAGGCUACAGAAGGAACUGCCUCGGUCACGAUGGACAUGACGUCCCGGUACUUGGGCUUGGUCGUAGUGCCCGGGCAGUACAUUGUGAAGAUUGAAGUAGAAGAAUUCGCAAGUCAGAUCGGGGGCCGGAAUCCAUACGCCGACGUUGUCGUGUAGGUCUCGAAGCUGGUUGACUAUUUGCGCGACUCGAUCGGGUGGUGAACGAAGUGUGAAGCGCUCAAGAUUACUGGCCUGGAGACAUGCAGACUUCAUUGAGUCUUAAGCAUCACGCGGAAUAGAUGGCUGCAGUGUGUGAAAUGGGUAUGAAAUACUGGACAUUAAGAGCUGAAAAU